GCGCAGUGACUGAACCGUCGCAGAACCAUCCGUCAAAUAGAAAUCGAGCUCCCGGAGGUUUGACAACCUUUAUCGAUUGUGGCGUGCACAGUAUAUCGGCGUACGUGCGACAAAGGAGAUCGAACAUCUUGGGUACGAAACGCUGUACUGGCUUUGGAAACCUGACACCAACUACACGGGCAUAACAAAUCUGACGAAUACGUCAUAGGAACAGCACAAUCUGAUUGGUUGGUACUCUUCAUGCCGAAUUUUGAAAGGACACACAAGACGUCCCCGUCGACCAUCGACGUUUUUCUUUGCGAUGACAGCAAUGCUACCAUCAGCACUUACCAUGGACGAACUACCAGGGUUCUCCCUCCACUUGAUGGCGUCAGCAAAAAUACUUAAAUUUGAAGAGAGUUGGAACGCUAAUAUGAAAUGGUUGGCUGAUGUUUUAGAGGAUGCAAAACAUCAAUUUGGCAGAGAAGAGGUAGCCAUCUUCCCUAAGACACCGGCUAUGAAAAGGAGACGACAGCGAAUCAAGAGGGUGUCUACUAUACACCCAGAUAAUGUAGAGAAUCAGCUUCCAGUCAGAAACAAGAGAAGCUGCAGAGCAUCUAUUCUGUCUAAGGAUCUUCAAUCCAUUGCUCCAGUACGAAGGAGCGCCCGUGCCUCUCGCACAACAAUCACCACACAGAACAAUGUCAAACGCACGACCCGUUCAAGAUCCACACGCGCCUCCAAGAAAGUCACUAUGUUGGAACACCAGGGCAGCUCAGAACAGAUACCAGUUGCACAUUCAACCGACACAGGAAGUUGCACAGAUGACACAGAGGAUGCAGAGAGUGUCUCUUCAAGCAGUGAGGUCAAACCAAAGCGUUCAGAGAAGAUGUCAACAAAUGCUCCCAUGGAAACUGAUGAAUGCAAAACGAAAGUAACAUCUGGAGAUGACGCUAUUGGUGUCCUCAACUCCCCAAACCAGAAGAUUUUAAAGCGUAGCUCCGGAAUGAGGGCAAAACAACAAGCAAAGAAAUUGAGACUAAACAGUGGAGAAGGCAUCUCAACUAUUUCCGAUACAUCUGAUGAUUGUGAUGCUGGCAAACAUCGACAGAGCAUUCCCUCAAGUGGUCAAUCACAACCUGACUUAGUUGGUCCUACUGAGAGUUCCCCCUCAAAACGCCCUAAACGAAAGAAUGCUGCGUCUCGCUACAAAGACCAUGUUAAGCGGCUCAUCAACCGCCAUGAGCACCUCAUCUCAGAGGUGAGCGCAAGCUCGGAUGAGGAAUUUCAGUCCCCAAACAUCCCAAAACGUACAUGUAAAAAUGGCAGAAAACCCAAACAAACAGCAAAGAGUGUGGAGAGGCAUUUGAAAUCACAAACACAAGAAAAGGAGGAAAUAGUUACAGAGCAAUCAAAUGAUAAAGCUGUCUCACAAAUUAAAAAGACACAUCUAUCAGAAAACAACUGCCCUAAACAGUCCAUCCAAACCAACAAUGAAGGUGAAAUAAUUGAGAUACAAGACAAGCCGUUUGAGACUGUAUCCCAAAGCAAAAGAGGCUCAUCAGUAAAAAUCAUGGAAAGUACAUCUUACCCCCCAAAAGAGCCAGAAGUUAGCCAAGAUUCAGAAUUGAAACCAUCCAUAGAUUCGAUCUCUGAAGAUGAAGAAGAGACGCACAUGGAAGAAGAUAGUCUAAAUCUGCCGAGUGUUGCUAAAGAUAGCCUGGAGCAGCCUCGUAUUGCUAAAGAUAGCAUAGAGCAGCCUUGUAUUGCUAAAGAUAGCAUAGAACAGCCUAGUGCUGCUAAAUCAAGCUUAGAACAGCCUAGUAUUGCUAAAGAUAGCUUAGAGGAGCCUAGUAUUGCUAUAGAUAGUCUAGAACAGCCUAGUAUUGCUAAAGAUAGUCUAGAACAGCCUAGUAUUGUUGUUGAUAGCUUGGAGCAGCAUAGUAUUGCUAUUGAUCGCUUGGAGCAGCAUAGUAUUGCUAUUAAUAGCUUGGAGCAGCAUAGUAUUGCUAAAGAUAGCUUAGAGCCUGAUCCCAUCAAGGAAGAAAAUGAGAAAGAGAUCCAAAAGAACAAUGUCAAUCAAGAUGACCAUUUCCAGAACCAAGGCAACAUGACCAUAGACAGUCUCGAUCAACAGAACAUAUCUGAGGAUAGUCUGUGCCAUAGUAAUAUCUCCCAUGACAGUCUAAACCAGUCGUCUUUGCAUCAAGGCUACCAGAAGAACCUUCGUCGCUCCACACGUCGUUCCUCAGCAGUGGUGAGUCAUUCCAAGAAGCGUUCAUCUAUGUAUAACCAUCGUACCUCUAUAAGAAAGUCAGUGCGAAAGUCUUCAAGGUGUCUUCACAGCACACGUGCAAGCACUCGAUUAAGUAGACGACCUCAUCUUGAGGAGUUGCCCCAGGAUCCCAAGUAUAGAGACAAUAACAGUGAUGUUGUCUUAGUGGAUGCUUUCAUGGAAGAGGAUCCUGAGAGUGGAACCCCAGAGAUGAAUCCUACAUGUACCACUCCAUCUAGGAGAAUGUCAAUGCGCCAUUCUUCGGACAACCAAGGAACACAGAGAAUUACCCGUGCUACAUCCAGGAUGGCAGACCAUGUUGACCUUCCAAACUCCAUUGAUUCAACAUCAUUGUCUCAGACACCUGAUUCUGACAGGGAAUCCCCAAGCCGGAAAUCUCCUGGUGCAUCUUGUUCUUCAGAUGAAGAUGUAAUCAGCAACACACCCUCCCCGCGUUGCCCGAAAGAUAAGAUUGUACGACCACGAGGAACCUUUUUGUCUUCUACCAAGAAAGAAUCUAGCAAGUACAUGAACAAUCUGCAUGGCAUGGUAUCAUCCUUUAUCAAGAGAAACACUCCUCAGAAACUCACAGCAACGGAGCGUCAGCGGGAAAUGAAGAAACAGAUAUUGAGUAAACACAAACGGGAAGAGGAGAUCCGACGAAAGAUGGAGACUGAUAAGCAGAGACAACGAGAAGAGCAGAAACGGAAGCGGGAUGAACGCAUCCGGAAGGUUACAGAAGCCCGGGAGCGCCGCGUGGCUCUGCAAGAGCAGAAACGACAAGAGCUUGAGAUCAAACAGCAGCAGUUGACUAAAAUGUCUUCCAAGCAGAGAGAGGAUAAGAAACAAGAGGAGAUCAUUAGAAGACAGAUGCAAAUAAAGAAAAAGGCUGAGGCUGAAGAGAGACGUAGACAAGAGGAAGAAGCUAGACUCCUUAAGAUACAAGAACAGGAAGAGGAGCAGAAGCGUCAUCGUGAGAUGAUUCUUCGGAAGAAAGAAUAUGAGGAGCAGGAGAGACAGCGUCGUAUAGAUGAGGCAAGACGCCUUCAGGAGCAACGUCGUGCUGAUACGCAGAAACAGAGGCAAGAAGAGCAACAAAGAAGACUUGAACAAGACCUAGCCAAGGAACGAGAAAUGCAACUUCUCAAAGAAGAGAGGGAGCAAGAAAGAAAAGCAGAGAUGGAGCUGAAGAGGGAGAUUGAAAGACGAGCCAGGGAAGAAGCAUUGGAAAAUGAACGUCGUUUAGAAGCAGCAAGAAUAGCUCGAGAGAAAGAGAGACUAAAGGAACAGCGACAUUUAGUGGACAUGAUGCAAGCAGAGCGUAAACGUCUAGAGUGUGAGCAGGAACGUGAGCGAGCAGAGCAUGAGCGAUUGAAGGCAUCCAUCUUAAAGCACAACACCAGUGCCUGUCUGAAUACUACUGUCACUAAAGACACAUCAGUAUUGGAGGGAUCUCCAUCUUCCUAUAACAUGACUCCACAGAGAGUUGUAAUACCUUCAACAGCAGAGAAUUACAACAUCGAUGAUUUACACAGUGGAGACUCAACAGAUGAAGAGGAUGCUCCAAGGAAAAACAUUCCCUCAUGGGCGCAAGGAGCCCGUCUGAAGAACGCAUUAAUCAAACAGUGUUACAAUCCACCCCCAAACCUAGAGACAAUGUUUGGACCCUUUGAUCCUCCAGACUUAACACUGAUCUUCUCUAAGAAGAGAGCUCGCUACAUCAAAAGAACCAGCUCGGCAGUAUGGGACUCACCAUUGCUCAAGGUCUAACAAUAGGUAACACUACUGGAUUUAGAUAAUCUUUUAAAUUUGCAUGAAAUAUUUGGUUUAUUGUGCAAAGUUUCUUAGCUUUGAAGUGUCAUUUACUUCAGUGUGUAUAUACUAUGGGAUGUUAGUGUAACUAGAAGAAGGAAUCAUCAGCUGGAGUAAUUAUAAUCUCUUGAGCAGCAUGAGUUUUAUUGAAGGCCAAAUCAAACAAGGAGGUUUGGAUUUUGGUUAUUGAGAUUUUGGAUUUAAGUAUAAUGUAAAAUAUCUCAUGGGAGUUUUUUGACUGGUAGAGUUAUGAACUGAAAACUUUAUAACUUAAAUGUAAAUAGUUAACAAAAUAAAAGGAGGAACUGGUACUGUCCAAAAAGCACAGGGCAAGCUGAAGCCAUGGUUGGAAAGAAGAAACAAGGCAAAGAAAAAUACCCUCUAUUUUAAAAAACACCAGCAUAAUUUCUUCUAGGUCUGACACUUUAAAUUUAAGUAAAGUGACUAAAAGUUAUGUGAUUUUUACAAGAUUGCAGGAUGAUUGAGUAGCCCUGCUGGAUUUUUAAUGUUGUAUUUUCAUGUAAAAGAUCUUGCACAACUAAAACAUUGACUUCAAGAUUCAAUUUGAUUAAUGGAGUAUUUAGUAAAAUGUAUCAUGGUGAUAAAAUAUAAAAACAAACAGCACCUGACAAUACCCAUCAUCAUUUCAUGUGUACAUAUAUGUAUAGGUAUCGUUACAAUUAAAUAUUUGUCAAGAAAAA